AUGGCGAUUAAGCCCCUGCCAUCUGCUCCAGUAGUACCAGCAGAUGCAUACGAUGACGAAGAAGAGAAGCAAGUUGAUAUGGCUAUUAGGGCAUCUCUGAAUGCAACAAACUUGCCUAGCACAUCUUCUAGUUUGAGCAUGAACCUUAGCUAUGCAUGCAAUGUUCAUGAAGAAGAGCGCCAGAUUGAUAUGGCAAUUCGGGUCUCUCUACAAGCACCAAACUUUCCUAGGGCAUCUUCGAGACCGAGAAUGAACCCUAGCUAUGGUCAAGAAUGGUCAUCAUAUCGGUUUGAUAGUGGUAGUGGCUCUACUUCUUCCCACUCCCAGCAGCCACAAAUGCCAUCUGCUCAACAAAUUCCAAAUCAUUCCAGGCGUGAAUCAGUAGAAUGUGGGGUAUGUUAUGAAGUUUCAAUGCCAGCAAUAUGUGACCCUUGUGGGCAUGUAUAUUGCUACGAGUGUUUGUUACAGAUUCAGCGCAUUACUAAUAGGUGCCCUCGCUGUCGUAGAGUAAUCGACAAAGUGAUGAGGAUUUAUAUAUAA